ACAGACAGAGACUCCUCCAGCCCAGAUUCUUCAGGAUUCUCUGUGAAGGGAUAACCAGGAGAGCGCCAAGAUGACCGACGCCCAGAUGGCUGACUUUGGGGCGGCAGCCCAGUACCUCCGCAAGUCAGAGAAGGAGCGUCUGGAGGCCCAGACCCGGCCCUUUGACAUUCGCACUGAGUGUUUUGUGCCUGACGACAAGGAAGAGUUUGUCAAAGCCAAGAUUGUGUCCCGGGAGGGGGGCAAGGUCACUGCUGAAACCGAGAAUGGCAAGACGGUGACUGUGAAGGAGGACCAGGUGUUGCAGCAGAACCCACCCAAGUUUGACAAGAUUGAGGACAUGGCCAUGCUGACCUUCCUACACGAGCCCGCGGUGCUUUUCAACCUCAAGGAGCGCUACGCGGCCUGGAUGAUCUAUACCUACUCAGGCCUCUUCUGUGUCACUGUCAACCCCUACAAGUGGCUGCCGGUGUACAAUGCUGAGGUGGUGGCUGCCUACCGGGGCAAGAAGAGGAGUGAGGCCCCGCCCCACAUCUUCUCCAUCUCUGACAACGCCUAUCAGUACAUGCUGACAGAUCGGGAGAACCAGUCCAUCCUCAUCACGGGAGAAUCCGGGGCAGGGAAGACUGUGAACACCAAGCGUGUCAUCCAGUACUUUGCCAGCAUUGCAGCCAUAGGUGACCGUGGCAAGAAGGACAAUGCCAAUGCAAACAAGGGCACCCUGGAGGACCAGAUCAUCCAGGCCAACCCCGCUCUGGAGGCCUUCGGGAACGCCAAGACUGUCCGGAAUGACAAUUCCUCCCGCUUUGGGAAAUUCAUCAGGAUCCACUUUGGGGCCACUGGAAAGCUGGCUUCUGCAGACAUAGAGACCUAUCUGCUGGAGAAGUCCCGGGUGAUCUUCCAGCUGAAGGCUGAGAGAAACUACCACAUCUUCUACCAGAUUCUGUCCAACAAGAAGCCAGAGUUGCUGGACAUGCUGCUGGUCACCAACAACCCCUACGACUAUGCCUUCGUGUCUCAGGGAGAGGUGUCUGUAGCCUCCAUCGAUGACUCGGAGGAGCUCAUGGCCACUGACAGCGCCUUUGACGUGCUGGGCUUCACUUCAGAGGAAAAAGCUGGCAUCUACAAGCUGACGGGAGCCAUCAUGCACUAUGGGAACAUGAAGUUCAAGCAGAAGCAACGGGAGGAGCAGGCAGAGCCAGAUGGCACUGAAGAUGCCGACAAAUCCGCCUACCUCAUGGGGCUGAACUCAGCUGACCUGCUCAAGGGGCUGUGCCACCCUCGGGUGAAAGUGGGCAACGAGUAUGUCACCAAGGGGCAGAGUGUGCAGCAGGUGUACUACUCCAUUGGGGCACUGGCCAAGGCAGUGUACGAGAAGAUGUUCAACUGGAUGGUGACGCGUAUCAACGCCACCCUGGAGACCAAACAGCCACGCCAGUACUUCAUAGGAGUCCUGGACAUCGCUGGCUUUGAGAUCUUUGACUUCAACAGCUUUGAGCAGCUCUGCAUCAACUUCACCAACGAGAAGCUGCAGCAGUUCUUCAACCAUCACAUGUUCGUGCUGGAGCAGGAGGAGUACAAGAAGGAGGGCAUCGAGUGGACAUUCAUUGACUUUGGCAUGGACCUGCAGGCCUGCAUCGACCUCAUUGAGAAGCCCAUGGGCAUCAUGUCAAUCCUGGAGGAGGAGUGCAUGUUCCCCAAGGCCACUGACAUGACCUUCAAGGCCAAGCUGUAUGACAACCACCUGGGCAAGUCCAACAAUUUCCAGAAGCCACGAAACAUCAAGGGGAAGCAGGAAGCCCACUUCUCCCUGAUCCACUACGCCGGCACCGUAGACUACAACAUCCUGGGCUGGCUGGAAAAAAACAAGGAUCCUCUCAAUGAGACUGUCGUGGCCUUGUACCAGAAGUCUUCCCUCAAGCUCAUGGCUACUCUCUUCUCCACCUACGCAUCUGCUGAUUCUGGGGACAGUGGUAAAAGCAAAGGAGGCAAGAAAAAGGGCUCAUCCUUCCAGACAGUGUCAGCUCUCCACCGGGAAAAUCUGAACAAGCUGAUGACCAACCUGAGGACCACCCAUCCUCACUUUGUGCGCUGCAUCAUCCCCAAUGAGCGGAAGGCUCCAGGGGUGAUGGACAACCCCCUGGUCAUGCACCAGCUGCGCUGCAAUGGCGUGCUGGAGGGCAUCCGCAUCUGCAGGAAAGGCUUCCCCAACCG